AUGUUGAUGAUGAAGCAUUCUCUCUUAUCUCUCUCACUUCUUCUAAUAGUCCUCUUCUAUUCCACAACCUCUUCAGCCCAAACCCCUGCCCCUGCACCUUCAUCAGCCCCUACAGACAUCAUCAGAAUCCUCAAAAAAGCUGGAGGAUUCACAACUCUAAUUCGUCUUCUGACAACAACCCAAGUGGCUACACAGAUCAAUGCACAACUCCUAAACUCAAACAAUGGAUUAACAUUGUUUGCACCAAAUGACAAUGCCUUUCAAAGCCUAAAACCUGGCUUCCUCAAUUCCCUUAAUGAUCAACAGAAGAACGAGCUCAUCCAAUUCCACGAACUACCCACAUUUAUUUCGAUCUCAAACUUUGAUACUUUGAGCAACCCAGUGAGAACACAAGCUGGUGAUGAUCCUGAUAGGUUAGCAUUGAACAUUACAAGUUCGGGAAACCAAGUGAACAUGACAACCGGUGUUGUUAACACCACAGUUGGUGGUAGUGUAUACUCUGAUCAUCAACUUGCGAUUUAUCAAGUGGACAAGGUGCUUCUUCCUCGGGAUUUCUUCAUUCCUAAGCCUCCACCACCAGCUCCGGCACCAUCAAAGCCUAAGGAUUCUAAGAAGAAAUCUGCAGAUGGUCCUGAAUCUUCAGCGCAUAAUGACUCUGCUGCUAUGAGUUUGAAACACAAGAGUGGAAUGUGGGUGUCCGUUGUAGUUGCUGCUGUUGCAGUAGCAGUGUUCUCAUUGUGA